ACUGGUCACAUGAGCAGUACACAUGUUUGUGUGUAUAUCAAAAAAAUUGACAUCGAUUUUUGAAUUAUGAUAAUUUUCAAUUUUGUUUUUUUCUUUUCUUAAAUCAUUACGAAAAUGUCAUUCAAAUUGAUUCAUACACAAGAAAAUGCUCAUGAUGAUUCAAUUUGGUCAAUAUCAUGGGGUAAAAGUGAAACUGAUAAUGUUGAACAUAUUGUUACUGGUAGUCUUGAUGAUACUGUAAAAGCAUGGAAAAUUGAUCAGGAUGAUAAUCUCGAUUUACAAUAUAUAUUCGAAGGCCAUUCAUUGGGUGUUGCAUCGGUCGAUAUAAAUCAUAAUGGUACAAUUGCGGCAUCCAAUUCAUUGGAUAGUAUUAUACGUUUAUAUAAUCUUGAUUCUGGUGAUCAAAUCCUAAGUAUUGAUGCUGGUCCUGUCAAUGCAUGGACAGUUGUAUUUUCACCAAAUUCUGAAUUUUUAGCAACAUGUACACAAUCGGGUAAAAUUGUAUUGUAUAAUACAAAUACUGGUGAAAAAUAUAAUAAUAAAGAAUUGGAUUCAACCGGAAAAUUUACAAUGUGUAUUGCCAUUCGAAAAGAUUCGAAACAAAUUGCCGGUGGUGCUAUCGAUGGUAUGAUCAAAUUGUAUGAUGUUGAAACGGGUAAAAUAAUGACCACAUUAGAAGGUCAUGCAAUGCCUAUACGUUCAUUAGCAUUUUCAUCGGAUGGUAAAUAUCUAAUAUCCGGCUCGGAUGAUUGUCAUGUAAAAGUUUAUGAAGUAAAAACUGGUGAAUUAUUGGCCACACUUUCUGGUCAUGGUUCUGCCAUACUGAAUGUUGCCUUUUCACCCGAUAACAAACAUUUUGCAUCAAGUUCAUCGGAUAAAACGGUAAAAAUCUGGGAUAUAGAUACUAAACAAUGUUUGAAUACAUUCGAUCAGCAUAAAGAUCAAGUUUGGGGAAUAAAAUUUAAUCCUAAUGGUACUAGAUUAGCAUCGGUUUCCGAAGAUAAAUCCAUUUGUAUUUAUAGUUGUGCAUGAUGAUGAUAAUGAUAAUGAUAAAUAAAUUACACAUUACCCAAGAUCAUUUUAUAUUCAAUUCUUC